AUGUUUGUUUGUGCAUGGAUUGUUGUGUUUUUUUUAUGGGUUGCCUUGCUGACCGCAGUCUUCUGCUGUGCUCGGGCUGACUAUCUUCGUGGACGUUGUGAGCCUUGGAAAAUUGCCGUCUAUUCAUGUGUGGUGCUGCUGACUUGGACCUUUUCGGGGCCCUUCAUAGUGCUGCCCGUGCUGAGGCAGGACGGCUGUAGCCGAGACCGUCUCGAUCCCACUAUUGCCUGUGACAUGACCAAGUGGUAUCAGCACUUUGCGUUCUCGGUUCACCAUUGCGGGCCAGGAAACAGGGCUUCUUGCACAGAGAUUCGACGCAGAGAUGUGGUAGGCAAUAUCACAAUUGCAGAGGAUUGCUUGGAGUAUUGCCAUAGGGUCACUGGUGCCUCUCUUGAUUGGCUUGCCAUGCUUGACUGGACCUUCUGGGUAUCCUAUUUUUUGGACUUGGACGACGACUAUCGGACCGGGCACGAUGCCGCCAAUUUGCGGGUUUCUUGCUGGAAGGCAGCCUUCGGUGGCUUCGCCCUUCGUUUUGUUCCCGCAUGGUCGGGAGUUUUUGUUGCAGCACUCUAUGGCUUUGUUGGGCUGGAUUGGGCCGCUUUCUAUGCUGAGGACAAGCCCGCUACCGAGAAACCAAGCGCCACGGAGCUUUCACCUGAAUUGGCGAAUACAGCAUUGUCAAAGCUCUUCUGGUGGCGCCCAGCGCUUUGUGAUGCUCAAGCGGCCAGGCGCGACUUACUGCUGCAGGCUGCUGGAAUGAUAAUUGAGCCGGCAUCUGACGUUUGGUCCUUGGUGACUUUUGCCAGAAGGGGGCAGCCGUUGUACUUCACUCUGGUGAUGCUGGGGGUUAUGGUGACCAUGUCCCAAGAUUUCCUCCAAGGUCGAGGUCUCAAAGCUUUGCUGGAGAGCUGGAUGCGGGGCUUCCCCACCAAAGAGCUAGUCGAGCACAAGGUAUUGGAGUUCCCCGAAAGCUUCAUCACAACCUUCGUGCAGGUGUAUGCGGUCUUGGGGAACACGUGGUCGUGGGCGGACUGGGCUUCCUGGUGCUCUUUGGUCUUCUUCGCUGGUCUGAGCCUUCGCCUCACCUUUCCUUCCGUCAAAACCUCGCAGAAUCUCCUCGAGCAGAGCAGACGGCACACCGUCGACUUCCAAAACUUUUAUUCCGUCGAGAUAGCCAAAAAGGAGGUGCAGUUCAAGACAUGGCCUUCUGAAGUGCUGCUGCUUAGCGUGCUGUUCGUAGGCGGCUUCGUGCCGAUGUUGGUUGCUAGAUUUGGCGUGGCAGUCGAAGAUGCAAGGUACUACGUCCAUCAUUAUCACCUCUUCUUUCGGGAUGUAUUCGCUUCUGGCACGUACAUUGUCUCAAUAUAUUGGGCUGUCAUGCUGCUGCUUACGUGUGUGAAUAUCAGCCAGGUGGCUUGCUGGAUACGAGCAUCCGCCAAACCUGGGCUGCCAGUGAACUGGCGAGCUGUUGCUGCUGCGAUCAUACGCCCACAUCAUCGGCAUAGGGAGAGAGAGCACCGUAUUGCCCAGAUGCUGUUCUCGGGGCCGGUUGCGGCCUACUCUGUGACAGAUGUGUCAAGCUCCUCGGGCUGGUACAUGGCGCACUUCGACAAAAACCACUUCAACUUUCCUGUGUUGUUGCUGUUCUGUCUGCAAUUCUACACAACCUAUGUCUGGAUGCGGUCGGUCUGGGAGGCUUGGAAACAGGUGUGCCGGAGUCGGCAAGACCACAAGUCGGAGGAGAGCGCAGAGGCAGAGGGCGAUCGUGCUCUCCUCGUCGAUCGUCGUCCAUCCGACGCCGAUGGGUUUCAAGAGUGGGACGACAGUUCCGAGCUUGACGCAUGA